GCCAAUGCAUUUGCUAAGUGGAACAAAAUGCACUCAUCCGCAUUGUAUUCCUUUUCUUUAGUAGUUUUGUUGGCAUAUUGUGAAACUUUGGUGAUCAGAAAGGGUCCGUUUGAAAAUUAUUAUGAAGUGGAUGUUAGCAAUUUAAAAGAGGAUAUCCCACAGAUAAAUGCAGAAUUCCAAAGGUUUUUGCUUCAGGGAGACAUUGCAGUAGUUCGAGAACGGAAUGCUCGUAAAGACCCAACAAAGAGAUGGACAUUCCCAAUUCCAUACAUUCUAACAGAUAGUCUUGAGUUAAAUGCCAAGGGCAUCAUCUUGGAUGUGUUUGAACAGUUUCGCUUAAAGUCGUGCAUUGAUUUUAAACCAUACGAAGGAGAGAAAUCUUUCCUAUCUUUUAAAAAGUUAUAUGGGUGCUGGUCUUUUAUUGGUAAUAACCACAAAGGCCAAGAUUUGUCCAUUGGUAAAGAUUGUGACAGUAAACCUCUUAUUGAGCAUGAAAUUCUGCAUGCACUAGGAUUUUACCACGAGCACUCAAGACCAGACCGUGAUGACUACGUUAGUAUUUGGUGGAAUGAAAUUCAGCCUGGUUAUGAGAGUGAUUUUGAUGUGUAUGGCGAUGACAUGAUUACUGACCACAACACUCCAUAUGAUUAUGAAUCUGUGAUGCAUUAUCCACCAUUGUCCUACAACAAAAACAGAAAUGUGCCAACCAUCACUACAAAGAUACCGGCGUUUAAUGACAUUAUUGGACAGCGAUUAGACUUCAGUGCUCUUGAUCUGCUGAGGUUAAAUCGAAUGUAUAAAUGCAAUGCCACUCUCACACUGUUGGACCAAUGUGCAUUUGUGUUUCUUAACAUCUGUGGCAUGAUCCAGGGAGAACAGGAUGCUACCGACUGGGUUCAUGUGAAGAACAGUCCUGGAAAUGAAGAUCAUACUAUAAGUGGAAAAUGCAGAGAUGCUGGAUACUUCAUGUACCUUGAUACUAAGAAUGGCAAGGCAGGUCAAAAUGCUGUUCUGGAGUCCAGGAUCCUGUACCCCAGAAGGGAUGAGCAGUGUCUUCAGUUUUUCUACAAAAUGACAGGCAGUCCAAUGGAUAAGCUCGUUAUAUGGAUGAAAAUGGAUGAUAGAACUGGAACUGUUCGAAAACUGAUUAAAAUUCAUACAUUACAAGCGGAUGGCAUCCAUUCAUGGAACAUUGCCCAUGUGAAAUUCAAUGCGACAGCCAAGUUUCAUUAUGUCUUCGAAGGAAUAAUUGGUAACUCCAGUGAUUCUUCAGGUGGUAUUUUCCUGGAUGAUGUCACACUUACCGAGACCGAAUGUCGUUAUAGUGUCUGGCAUGUAAGGAACUUCACCAAAAAGCUUCAAAACAAUUAUAGCAGGGCCAUAACCAGUCCAUGUUUCUAUAGCCCGGAAGGAUAUCGAUACGGUUUAACUUUAAGACCUCAUUCUCGUUAUGAAAAUUAUACAGGGAUCUUUUUCCACCUGUGCAGUGGUGAAAAUGAUGAUAUGCUUGAAUGGCCAGUUGGGAACAGACAAGUUACCAUUACAGUACUGGACCAGCAUCCUGAUGUGAAACUCAGAAUGUGGUCUACUCGAAGCUUCACUACAGAUGGAAGUUAUCUUCUACCCGAACAGAGUAAGAUGGUUCCAAUGAUACACGAUACAGAUGAAGAGUGGGGAAGUCAGAGUGAAAGUGAAAUAGCUGAAAGAAGCGAAGUUGCCAAUAAGAAAAGCAUCAUUGCAUAUUUGGCUUCAUUUAAGCCAAAAAAAACUUCAUGAUAUUCGUGAAGUGCCUAGGAAAGGAAAAUUGCUAAAAAUAAAAAAAAGAUUAAUUUGAAUUGACUUUAUUACUUACAUCCUUCAUCUCAAUGAAGAGAAAAAUAUUUUCGUUAUGUCUCUGUCUAAAUGUGCAAUGUGCCAUUUAUAAUAAAUAUUAUGUACAACAAGAUAGUCAGUAGAAUAUAGAAAUACAUUUGUGUCAGCAUGGGUUAAGCAGUUUGAUGGCCUGGUGGAAGAAACUGUUCUGGAGCUGUUAGUCCUGGCUUUUAUGCUGUUGUACCGUUUCCCGGAUGGUAGCAGCUGAAACAGUUUGUGGUUGGGGUGACUCAGGUACCUAAUGAUCCUUUGGGCCCUUAUUACACACCUGUGUAAGUGUCCUGAAUAGUGGGAAGUUCUCAUCUGCGGAUGCACUGGGCUGUCUGCACCUCUCUCUACGGUAGUGGUCAUUAACCUUUUUAAGCCCAAGAUCCCCUACCUCAACCUCAGUGAAAGGCAAGAUCUACCGACUAAAUCGUUUAGAGAAAAAACAGCUCAGAUUGUCUGAUUGCCUGUCUCCAUUCCUCCUGUAGUCCACAAUCAGCUCCUUUGUUUUUGCAACAUUGAGGGAGAAGUUGGUUUCUUGAAACCACUGUGUCAGGGUGUUGCCAAAGAGAAGUAAAAUAAUCAGAUCAGAAAAAUAUGCAACCUGAUUGCCUGAGUUUGCUUAA